AAUUAUCACAAUCUCAAAUUCUCAGUCACAAAACCCAGAAAAAAAGCUCGAUUUCCACCAGCAAUGGCGAGAACAAAGCAAACAGCGAGAAAAUCAACCGGAGGAAAAGCACCAAGGAAGCAACUCGCAACAAAAGCAGCUCGCAAAUCAGCUCCGGCGACCGGCGGCGUGAAGAAGCCUCACAGAUUCCGUCCAGGAACUGUUGCGCUUCGUGAGAUCCGAAAGUAUCAGAAGAGUACCGAGCUUCUAAUCCGGAAGCUUCCAUUUCAACGACUAGUAAGAGAAAUCGCUCAAGAUUUCAAAACUGAUCUUCGUUUCCAAAGCUCUGCUGUUGCUGCUCUUCAAGAAGCUGCUGAAGCUUACCUUGUUGGAUUAUUUGAGGAUACUAAUUUGUGCGCGAUUCAUGCUAAGAGAGUUACGAUUAUGCCCAAGGAUAUUCAGCUUGCUCGUAGGAUUCGUGGAGAACGUGCUUAGGGUUUCAUAAUCAAUUAAUUAAUCAUCUGUUUUUUAAUGUUGUUAUUAGUGGAAUUAAUGGUGGUUUUAGAUGUGAUUAGGAUGGUUAAUUGCUUAAAAUAGGGUUUAUGUUUUGGUACUUUUGGUUAUGUAAAGGUUGUUCUUUAGAUCUAUCAAUCAAUGAAAUCUGCGUUUUAUCAACA